AACUUUACAAACUUAAAAAGACUCAACUCUUUGUUAACAACUUAUAUUAAAUGGUAGGUGUACACAAUUUUUGUACCGGCGAUAAUUUAUAAUAAUAUACUAAAAAAUACCAAGUGCAAAAUUAGGGUGAAUGGCAAAAAAGAGUAUAUAUAUUAACAAGUUGGCAUGUUUAAUUAGUAAACAAUGAGCAGAGACUAUAUAAACAAUAAUUAUAUCGAAAGUGCAAGAGUUUAUUUAAAAUUAGGUGAACCCAACGAAAUUAUAAUCAAAUGUUGUAUGUGCAACACAGUAGGCUUAACGGACUGGUUGCUGUUUCUCAGUCAUUUGAAAACAAGCCAUGCGGCGGAUCAAUGGCAGGAACAACGGGCUCCAAACUUGGAUACGGAAGUUCAAGCUGAAGUAGAGCUGGAGCUGCAAAAUCUAAAAGAAAUGAACAGUGUAGAUAAGCAUACAAAUGUGGAGACAGACACAGAUGAAUCUGUUUUUGAGGAAAAAUCCUUGAAUGUAAAGGUAGAGGGUGUAGUUCAGGACGUGUUGAUCUUCGAGGAACCUGAGGCUGAGAAGCCCAAUCAGCCAUUCUACAGCAUGCUGCGUACCCCUCCCGAACUUCUGCUUGACUUUAUUGAUCAAAUACGUCAACAUGAAUAUCUUUGGCGAGAGGAGUACAGAAACGAGGACUUUAAGGCAGAGCGCAUGGAAAGUGCAGAAGAAAUAAGUCAAACGCUGGCCGAGCGAUUUAAAGUGUCACACAGUACACAUGUGAUCUGUCGCAGUGUCUGCACGCUCCUCAAAUGGUUCCAGAAGCAGCAUGCGAUGCAUAAAGAUAAUUCUAGCUUUCGCUGUCGCUAUCAAAAUUAUUACGAUAAACUGUUGGAAUUUCUUCCCACUCAGGAUAUUCAGAUGGUAAACUGCGAUGAGUGCGAGCGACGUUUUUACAAUGAGGAACAGCUGCGACGGCACAAAUACCGGACACACAGCGGCAGCUAUCCUUAUGUCUGUGAUGUAUGCCAUGUGGGCUUUCCUCAUGCCUGCAAAUUGCGUUUGCAUAGAAUUCGUUAUCACGAAGAUAAAUCGAAACGCUGGCAGUGUACUUUUUGCAGCUACUGUGCUGCAAACAAGUGGGAUUUGCGCGCACAUUUGCCUACGCACAGUGGAGAGCGCAAUUAUACAUGUGAAAUUUGCGGUGUUUCAACCAAAUCCAGCUCUUCUUUAGCUGUACAUCGACGUACACAUUUGCCCCACGCAGUUAAUUGUCCCUAUUGUCCAAAGAAAUAUCGUGAAAACUAUUUGCUUAAGUGUCAUAUUAAAAAAAUGCAUGCGUUAGAACUUGAAGACGAGCUCGAAUAGUAGUCAACUAAGCUCAGCGAUUAUAAUAAAUGA